GAUGCCCGUAAAAAACGAGGGCGACCCAAACAGGCAAAGUUCGUGUCCCGCCGCCAACUGCGCAUCUCCAACUUCAAAACUUCAUAUUGCCAUUAUCCAGGAUCGCUCGACCCUCCCCCACGACCCCUAACCCACUCCUCCUUGUGAUUCUGCCUGGAGCAGACUAUUUGACUUGCGUGGAUCCAACGGCGCAGUCUAUCGUCUAUCUUGAGUAUCUCCACGGGUGGCUCUUUCCUCCGGCGACCGCCUCCAAUCUCGAUUCAAAUUUUGCCCACCGAGACUUUUUCGUCACCAACAACGAUCCCGCCUGACACCGCCUUCACCCUCACCUUGGAUAAUUUCCCUCUACGCUUCACUUCCGUCGAACGCUUUAUAUCCACCAUCCAUCAUGGCCGCUGUCGAGAACCCCCCUGCCCCGGUGACCAACGAGAACACUGCUCCCGCCACCGAGCAGAAUGAGAAGGCAAAUGGCGACACCGUCACCGUCUUCCAUGACCCCGAAAACUUCAACGUGAAGCAUCCGCUCAUGCACGAGUGGACGCUGUGGUUCACCAAGCCUCCCAGUGGCAAGGGCGAUAACUGGAACGAUCUGUUAAAGGAAGUUGUCACGUUCAACUCGGUGGAGGAAUUCUGGGGAAUCUAUAACAACAUCACGCCCACCUCCGAGCUCGGCCUCAAAGCCGACUACCACCUGUUCAAGAAGGGUAUCCGACCGGAGUGGGAAGACCCCCAGAACAAGCACGGCGGCAAGUGGUCAUAUUCCUUCAAGGAGAAGCGCUCGGUACCGAUCGAUGAGCUGUGGCUGCACGCCCAGCUGGCCGCCAUUGGCGAGACCCUCGAGGGUGAUGAGGAUAACGAAGUGAUGGGUGUUGUUGUGAACGUGCGCAAGGGCUUCUACCGUGUCGGUCUCUGGACCCGGACGGUCGGCAAGAGCAUCCCCGGCGACAAGAACUCCCGCACCCCCGCCCAGGGCAAGGACAUUCUCGAGAACAUCGGCCGGCGGUUCAAGGAGGUCCUGCGCCUGAAGGAGGCGGAUGUUGUGGAGUUCUCGGGUCACACGGACAGCGCGCACAGCGGCAGCACGCGGGCAAAGGCCAAGUACUCUGUCUAAGGCAGUGAACAAUGGGACACUUUCUCAACCGUGAUUGAGGCUGGACUCCGCCUGUUUUCCGGUCCGGUCAUGGGAGAUGGGGUGUGGCCAUAGGAUGAUGAUGAUGGAACGAGACUGCUCUUAAAUUUAACGGGGCACCGAACUGGGUUGGACACGGCCUGUGGGCAUUCUGCCACGAUGGUAUUAUAUCAAGUCGUCGGCACCAACGGCAUGUAUCUUUCCUUGACACGUAUUCCUGAUGAGGUUUAUACCAAUUUUCUUUCAGUCUUCCACCAAGCAACACAAAAAAAAAAGUUCUAAAAUUCCUGUAUUCCUGCAUGAGGUGUGUGUUUCAUGGGCGUUCUUAUUUCGCGAUGCUCAUAGAUACCGAAUAUUAACAUUGGGAUUUUGAUUGAUUGAUUUCUACUUGCCUGAAUUGAUAUUGCGUUUGAUUUUGAU